AUGCCACACCACGAUAUUGCUACACGUGCCUCGGCACUGAUGUUACGGCUUGUCCUUGAGCUUGACAACAAGACGAUUGAAUCCCUCACUGGCUUGAAGCCCCGUACCGUAGACCUCAUUGCGCAACGGGCACUCGAGCGUCGCUUUGAUCCAACAGCCUCCCCGCCCGUCAUCCUCGACAUAUAUGUCCAAGAUGCCCCUCGCUCUGGCCGUCCUCGUAAUCAAGAGCAAUACAAAGAUGAAGUCAUUCAGAAGGUACGGGCAAACCGACAUGGCCGUGAGAUGACAUGUGCCUUUAUUUCUGAGGAGCUGGGCCAUGUUAUCUCGCCGAUGACAGUCUGGCGUAUCCUACGGGCAGCCGGAAUGAAGAAGACAAAACCAACACGCAAGCCAGGAUUGACCGAGAAGAUGAGGAGGGACCGCUUUGAGUUUUGUCUUCUUCAUAGGGACUGGACUCUCGAGAAUUGGAAGCGGGUGAUCUGGUCUGACGAGACAUCUGUUGUUAUUAAUCAUCGUCGGGGGGGUUACCGGAUUUGGAGGACUCCUCAAGAGAGGUUUGUCAAGUCAGCAAUUCGCGAGCGAUGGAAAGGAUUUGCCGAGUUCCAAUUUUGGGGCUGCUUCUCUUACGACUCGAAAGGGCCAUGUCAUAUUUGGCAUCCUGAAACAGCACAAGAGAGGAAAGCAGCUGACCGGGACUUGGAGGAGCUGAACGCUCAACUUGAACCUAUUCUGAAGGAAGAGUGGGAGCUUACGACAAAGAUGGGGCGCCUUGGUCUUCGAAAUCGUGGAGGUCGGAAGCCUCAAUGGAAAUGGGAUGCCAAACAUGGCAAAUUAACUCGAGGGCAAGUCUCAGGUGUGGAUUGGUAUCGUUACCAAAAGGAGGUGUUGAUCCCAAAGCUCAUCCCUUACGCUAAGCGAUGUGGUCCUGAUGCACUUGUCCAAGAAGACAGAGCUCCAUCACACGCACACAAGGCACAGCCAGCUAUCUUUGAUGCUGCUGAUGUGGCCCGGCUUCUAUGGUGUCCUAACUCACCUGAUCUUAAUAUGAUCGAGCCUUGUUGGCCACACUUGAAGCGGCUGACUACGAAGAAGGGAGCCCCAAAGUCAAAAAAGGAGGCCGAAACAGUGUGGACACGGGCGUGGGAAGACUUGGAGCAAUCAAGGAUACAGGCUUGGAUUGAGAGGAUAGUGUUUCAUAUCCAGGAAGUGAUUCGCCUAGAGGGUGCCAAAUAUCUGUGUAGCCCUUACCAGACACCUUCAGAACCAAUUUUCCGCCCCGCACCCCACCACGUCGACUUUGGACUCGCACACCCACAGUCCCACCUCGGUAAAAUGCCUCGGCCUUUGCAGCACGAAGAGAGGAUCCAAUUAGCCGUCAAGGCCUUACGUUCUGGCCAAAUCCGAGUUAUUCGCAAGGCUGCAGAUGCCUUUGACGUGCCGUACGCGACCUUACGGGGACGCGUUGCUGGACGCGUCCCCCGUCAACAAUCUCAAAUUUCUUAUCGAAAACUUCGAGAAACGGAAGAAGCUGCAUUGGUUCAGUGGAUCAAGUCACUCGAUGGCCGGGGCAUGUCGCCAACGAUCGGGUAUAUUCGACAGAUUGCCGACCUUCUUCUCCGUGAGCGUGGAAGCCUGGUCUUGCUUGACGCGUCAGUUACAGCAGUGGCUGACGAGAUGAAGACUGUUGGAGAGAAAUGGGCACGCCGAUUCUUGAACCGACACCUGGACUUGAAGUCAAGAUACCUCCGGAAGUACGACUACCAACGAGCCAUGUGUGAGGACCCUGAGAAAGUGUUGGAGUGGCUUAAACGAGUACAAAACACUAUCGAGUCAAACGGUAUCCUCGAUUGCGAUAUCUACAACUUCGAUGAGACUGGGUUCCAAAUGGGAGUGGCAAGCACAGCAAAGGUUGUCACUCGAUCUGAUCGGCGAAAUCGACCUGUUGUUGUUCAGCCUGGGAAUCGGGAGUGGGCAACUGUCAUCGAGUGCAUCAACACCACUGGCUGGGUUCUUGACCCAAUGAUCAUCUUCGAGGGCAAAGUUCAUAUCUCGACAUGGUACCAAGAUUCACCAUUGCCACCUACUUGGAGGAUUGCAGUUAGUGAAAACGGCUGGACGACCGAUGAGCUUACACUCGAGUGGCUUCAGCAAGUGUUUGAGCCGCAAACUCGAAGCCGAACAGUUGGCCGGUACCGCCUCUUGAUUCUCGAUGGCCACGGGAGCCAUAUGACACCAGAGUUCGACAACUUCUGCAAAGAGAAUUCGAUCCUUAUCGAGUGCAUGCCACCCCAUUCGUCACACCUUCACCAGCCUCUCGAUGUCAGUUGCUUCUCGGUCCUCAAGCGGGUGUACGGUGACUUGGUCAGAGGAAAGAUGGCUGUUGGCAUCUACCACAUCGACAAACAACUCUUCCUUGAACUCCUCUUCGAGGCCCACACCAAGACUUUCACCUCGAAAAACAUCAAAAGUGGCUUUAAAGCAACAGGCCUUGUUCCACUAGAUCCAAGUCAAGUGCUUGCUCAGCUCCGAAUUAUCAAAGGGUGUCAGAUGGCCAUGCAUAAUGCUACUCUCUUACAAGAAGAGAACUCGCGGCUCCGAGCCGAGAACACUCGACAAAAGCAGCGACGUCAACACCGUCGAGCAUUCAUCCAAACAGGAGGUUCUAUGACAAUUGGAGAGGGAGUGGCCACCUCAGAGCAUCAGAAGGCCCCAAAGGCCAAGGCCCCAAAGGUACCAAAGGCCCAGGAAGCUCGUGUGGAGGAUCAAGAGGGGGAGGUAACAGCUGUCGAAGCGAUUGAACCAACCAAAUUUUAA